CGAACCCACUCGGCACCACUAGCGCUCCAUCACCGUCCACUCGUUAGAUACCCUCACAUUAUCACCACGCAACAUGCUGUCUCAUCGCAAUGCGAAUCGCAGUCUACGACAUCCAGGAGAAAGACAUCCCUGGAGCGAUUACUUGCAUCCAGCAAGCUUUCAAAGAUGACCCUUACAACCAUUGGGUCUUUGACCGAGCAACUUUCUCCUACAAGCGGAACGCUGUGUCGCUAGGCAUUCGCUGCCAAUGGGGUAGACAUUACGCUCUAUUUCACGUAGCGAAAGAUAUCGAUGACCCUUCCGGCAAUAUUCUUGGCGUCGCCUGUUGGCUUCCACCGAAGGACCCUCAAGCGCCGCGGACUUGGAAUGACUUUGCAGGAGACUGGUGGCUCUGGUUCGAACAAGUCAGGAUGAACUUUUGGUACGGCCGUGGCGGGCUGAACGUCAAGCGCUACUACAUCUGGAAGGCGAGUCAAGCCACGGCGCAGAGUGAGCUGUGGAAGGACCCCAAUGGCUACUACUUCUGCAACAUUGUAACAGUCCUCCCUGAAGCGCAGGGUAGAGGUAUUGGCAGGCUACUCUUCAAGCAUGUCACCGAUGUGGCAGACCAGGAAGGUAGGAAGUGCUACCUUGAAUCGAGUCGAGCAGAACCAAACAUGGCCAUCUACGGCAAGAUGGGGUUUAAGCUCGCCAAGGAGAUGGUUUGCGACGAUGAUGGGCAAGCGAUAACGCUUUACUGCAUGAUGCGCGAGCCGGAAGUCGAGAUGUAGAACGACUUGACUGCUGAACUUGAGACCUGCUAAACACUCUCUUUCAUUACAAUGUCACUUGAAAGCUCAGGUAUCGUCCCUUCCCUGCUCUUGCGUGCCUUAGGCGCGGCGCCAGUGACGUAGCAGUAAACACGAAGCAUUCACUCACGGCUGCCUUCAACC